CGCACUCAUGUAAUUUUAGAUUUGUGUACUUUAUUAGACCUUGUCCUUAAACAGAAUUUCUUUCAGUUCGAGAAUAAAUAUUACUGUCAAGUUGAUGGGUUGUCUAUGGGUUCCAGCAUAUCACCGUUUUUAUCCGAAGCAUUCAUGUCAAAAUUUUUAGGGGCACCCAUGGUCAACUGAUGAGUUUCCUCGACUUGUUGAAUAGUCUUCACCCCUCCAUCAAAUUUACGUGCGAGCUGGAGGUGAAUGACCGCUUGCCUUUUUUAGAUCUGAUUAUUGAGAGGGAUAAUUGCAGUUUGAAUUUUGAUAUUUUCCGGAAGCCAACAACUACUGAUUCUGUAAUACCUUUCACAUCCAACCACCCGUACAGUCAAAAAUUCUCUUCAUUUCAUUCCAUGUUCCAUAGAUUGUUCAACAUCCCUCUUAGUCCCUCCAAUUUUCAAAAGGAAUUGUCAAUUAUAAAACAGAUUGCAGAGGGAAAUGGUUACCCUGAGCGCGUAAUUGAGAGAAUAUACCGAAGGCACAUGAACAGGCAGCUGAAUAGGUCUCUCACAGAUGGAAUUCAACAGAAGACCUAUAGAAGCUUGAGGUUUUUUGGACAGAUAUCAGUAAGCAUCGCAAAACUGUUUAGUGCUCACACAGAAAAUACUCUGAUUACCUUCAAGACGGUUAAUACCCUGGCUAAACAUCUAAUCAACACUAAAGAUAAAAUACCCAUCACACAAAGGUCUGGAGUUUACCAACUUUUUUGCUCCCAACCCCAAUGCAAUGUCACUUACGUAGGUCAAAGUGGGAGGAGAAUAGAAACAAGGGUUGGUGAACAUCUGAAACAUAUAGAAAAAAACAGAGAUAAAGAUAUCGUCAACACCCCAUCACAGUUCGCCAACCACAUCUUAGAGUCAGGCCACACUUUCGAUCCAAGAACUGGUGUCAAAGUUUUGCAUGUUUGUGAGAAGAGUCUUCAAUUGGAUCUUCUGGAGAUCUUGGAAAUCAACAGAGCGUUGAGGUCUCAAGAAUAUAACUGCGUCAAUGAGCAGAUUAACUUUGACUGUUCAACUUUUUUCAAUUCUAUACGAGGUGCCUGAUUUUUGCUGAGUUUUAUUGUUUUAUUGUUUUUGUUUGUUCGUGGACUGUUCAUUUUUAUAAUUUUAGACAAUAUCGGAGAACGGGACGACAUCUGUGUUUUCUUUCUUUGAUGUGUGUGUUUUCGCAUGUUCUCCCCCUUUUUGUUGAACAUGUGAUUGUGGAUAUGUUUAAUUUGAUUUUAAUUGUUAAACAUAGAUGUCGUUAUUAGUGUGUUUUCUUGAUGAUUUUGUUUGUUUUUAUUCCAUUUUGCUCAUAUUACAUCGUUGACGUCUUAACAACUGCAUCGGUAGGUUAUAAUUUGUUCAAUUUAAGAUCUUUUCAUUUGUUUGACAAAUUGUUUGAUUUUAGAGCACCUGAUGAUGGCAAGUUACCUUGCCGAAAUGCAUAGUGCAUAAUUUAAAUAUAUAGUGGAGUAGACCAUUUAUU